ACAUCCACUUCCCAGUGGCCAGCAACGAUAAAGUCUGCCACUGUCUGGCCACUGUCUGCUGAUCAAUUUUAACGGUUCGUGAUAUAAUUUUGACAGAAAUCAACUGACAGCAGCUUACGAUGGGUAACGAAAGCUCGCUGCCUAUGGAACUAUGUUCCAAUUUCGAUGUCGAUGAAAUCAGAAGACUGGGUAAACGAUUUCGGAAGCUGGAUCUGGAUAACAGCGGUGCUCUGAGCAUCGACGAAUUCAUGUCUUUGCCAGAAUUGAAACAGAAUCCUUUAGUGCAACGUGUUAUAGACAUAUUCGAUGCAGAUGGUAAUGGAGAAGUCGAUUUUAAGGAAUUUAUUCACGGCGUUUCACAGUUCAGCGUUAAGGGUGACAAGGAGAGCAAGCUGAGAUUCGCUUUUAGGAUUUACGAUAUGGAUAACGAUGGAUUUAUAAGCAACGGCGAAUUGUUCCAAGUAUUGAAAAUGAUGGUAGGAAAUAACUUGAAGGAUACACAGCUACAACAGAUCGUUGACAAAACAAUACUGUUUGCUGACAAGGAUGAGGACGGUAAAAUAAGCUUCGAGGAAUUCUGUUCUGUCGUUGGUAACACAGAUAUACAUAAGAAGAUGGUGGUUGAUGUUUAAAUGAAUCGAGUUUCGAUCGAAAGACAAGAAAUAUCGAACAGCAAAACCAAUUUAUGGUAAUAUCAAUUUGACUAUAAAUUAAUUACUAACAGCAGCAGAUCUAUUCGAUAGUUAUAAGUAACAAAACUGUGUAGAGUGGAAUUAUGAUUGUUACUAAGCCUUUAAUUAAGCCAAUUUAUACAUAAGUUUAUCACCUUUCAAACAGAUUCUUUCCAUAGUGCAACUGUAUAAAUUAGAACUUUAUUGACCACUAACUUUCUAAGAUCGUGCACAUUUACUAAACAUAUUGUACAAGUUCUAAUAUUAUAAAAAUGCGAGAGCAUUGUUUGUUACAUUAUACAUCUAUAUAUACAUAUAUAUAUAUAUACACACACACACAGAGAGACAUACGUACAUAUUUAUUUUUAGUUAAAUGCGACACGCUCGUGCAAUAGUUCUGUUAUAUUAUUUUAUAAUUUAUUAUUUUAUUUAAUUAACAUGAAGAAAGUGUAGAGUUACCUCGGAGAAACUUCAGAUAUACAAAUGCGUAGGUCUUUAAAGAAAAAGAAAGUCCCCUUUGUACAUUGAAAUUCGAUUGAUAUACAUUUCUUUAUCAUUCUUUUGCAACAUGCACGUGUGAAAAAGGUAAAUGCAUUUUUCAUUAACUGUGUUUCUCUAGUUUUCCGAUGGCUAGACAUCGCAGAAUGAUACAUAAGAGACGUUAAGUUAUAAUUUGUGUAGGAUGCGAUAUUUUCACGUGGACAGAACAAUCUCUAAUGGAUUUCAGCCCGUGUUAUUUCUUGUAUAUAUUGUGUUCAAUUAUUGAUUAUUUUAAUUGUGCAUUUGAGAGUGAGCGCAUCCUUUGGUUCGACUGUAUCAACAUCCGACGAAUAUUUCGUUUUAAAAAAAAAUUCAUCGUUUUUUAGAGAUCUGUUUUUACUCCAAUUUUUAAUAAGACUGAUUAUGAAACGCAGGAAUGGAACUUUCGAAUGCCCAAUUAUUCUUUAAUCAUAUUUGUUUAAGAAGAGAACGUGCUUAAAGAGGAAACAGAGAACAUUAAAGUGUGUUGUUUAACUUCGGCGUAAUGAUUAUUAUUUGUACAUUCACAUGUUACAAGAUCUUAAUGUUUAAUCAAAGAUUUCAAUCUUAAGCUAUGUUGAAAUAAAUCUAUGUAACAUAUA